UAUAGAGGACGCUGUUGUUACCCUCCCAUACUCCCCGGAUAAACCAGCACCGGUGGAUAACCGAAUAUCCGCCAACAAAAUUUCAAAGCUAGACGGAACAUUGAACUUGCGUCCGUCACUUACCACACUCUAUACAUAUGCAUACACCAGAAAUUUUUCACAAAGCAUUCCGUAAUGCAUACGCACCAACCAAGGUUAGGAAGUGAAGCAAGCAUCUGUAUAUAACAUCACCAAAUCUUUUCUAAACUGAUUCCAUGCUUGUAUAUCACCACUGCAACAAUCCUGUUAGAAACAGCCUUCAUAAUAAACAAAUACAAAUAUCCAUAUAAACACUGAUGGUCAAUGUGAAAAACCUUUUCUCUUCCUUCUCGGAGAAGAAGGAGAGCAGGCCAACGCCGCCUGAAGUAUACAAUAUCCGUGUGUACAUCGCUGCCAUUGUGGCCUGUUUUGCUGCUGUGGUUAUUGGCUACGAUGCCGGUUUCAUUGGUGGAACCGUUGCCCUCACCACCUUCAAAGACGAGUUUGGCUAUGCCAAGAUGCUGGCAGCCGAACAGACCCUCACCACCUCAAACAUCAUUUCCCUUUUCCACGCCGGCGCGUUUUUCGGCGCCUUCUUUAUCUACCCUAUUGGACGCUACUACGGGCGGGUGGUUGGGUUUGCACUUUCCGGGUUGAUCAUCACUUUAGGCUCGGGGAUCCAGCUUGCCUCGAAUGCCAGGACCGGUUUGUCGGCCAUCUACGCGGGCAGAGUGCUCACCGGUGUAGGAAUCGGCGCUAUUUCCAACUUGGCUCCUAUGUAUGUUUCUGAAAUUGCCCCAUCUGCUAUCCGUGGGAGACUUGUGGGUAUGUACGAAAUCGCAUGGCAAGUGGGCGGUCUUGUCGGAUUUUUCAUCAACUUUGGGACAGAACAGCACUUUACCACCGAUAUGCAAUGGAGAAUCCCACUUGCUGUCCAGCUCAUUCCCUCCGGUAUGUUCUUCGUCGGGGUCCUUUUCCUCAAAGAGUCGCCUAAGUGGUGCUUCAGUGCGGGUAAGAAGGAUAAGGGUCUCAAUGCGUUGUGUUAUCUCCGUAACUUGAGCCCCGACUCGGAAUACAUUGCCUGGGAAGUGGCCAUGAUGGAGGAAGAAGUGGCAGAGAGAGACGCGACUGUGGGCACCAGCUUUACCGGUCCGUUCAAAGCAUUGUUCGGAAGCAAGGCCCUUCGCUACCGUUUGCUUUUGACGACUUCCACCUUUAUUCUUCAGAAUACCACUGGUGUGAACGCCAUUAACUACUACUCUGUGCAGGUGAUGAAGACCAUGGGUAUUUCCUCUCUUUCUGCUGGGUUACUCUCUACUGGUGUGUUUGGUGUGAUCAAGGGUGUUUUCUGUUUCAUUUGGGCAUUCUUCAUUGUUGAUAACUUUGGUAGAAGAACCCCGAUCUACUGGGGCACUGCGCUUGGGUCUUUCUCUCUUUGGUACAUUGGAGCUUACAUCAAGAUUGCCAACCCGGCCGCCAAGCUUGCCGCGGGUAUCUCAACCUCUGAUGCUGGUAGCAAAGCUGCUUUGGCCUUCUUUUACAUUUGGACUGUCGGCUAUGCCAUUGGUUGGUCCGGCUUGCCGUGGGUUCUUAACUCAGAAAUGUUUGACCAGAGCAACCGUACCUUGGCCUCGUGUUUUAACGCCGCUUCUAACUGGUUCUGGGCUUUUAUUUUUGCGCGCUUCAGUGGUAACAUGAUCACUAAAAUGGGUUAUGGUACGUUCUUCUUCUUCGCAGCGAUGUUAAUUAUCGCGUGUGUCAUUUAUAUGUUAUUGUACCCGGACACCAAGGGGAUUCCAAUCGGAGACGUGGACAUGUUGUUCGAAAAGGGUGUUGCACCAUGGAGAGCACACUCUAGAGCAAUGGAGCUCAUUAGACUUAGAGAGGAGCAGAGGGUUACUCCGGACUGGGUGAAAAGGGUCGGCAAGGGCUCUCAGGAACACAUCGAGACGGUUUCCGAUUUUAGUACGGAGAAGCAUGUUUAAGCAGAUUUGAG